UUUUUUUUUUUUUUUCUGCUCUCCUUCCCAUUCUUCCUUUGCAGACAGACACACAACAUGGCGGACUAGAAUAGUCGGCCGACGCGCCCGGAUACAGCGGAUACACCGUCGGGGGCUUCACCCUCCAAGGAGGCACGCACAGGACCCCGCGACCGGACAGCGCAGGCAGGAGAAGCGGCGGAUUUUUUUUUUUUUUUUCAGGGGGAGCCAUCUUUAUCUGGAUCUAGCUGGGGGGGAAAACUGACUGCGAAGUGUUGGCAGUGUGUCCCAGGCUGCGCUCCCCUCCCCAACCCCCUAUCUCUCUACCCCGCUCGCUCUCCUCUCUGCUCCCGGGGUGUGGGAGGCAGGGGCCGGGUUGGAGAAACGUGGAAAGACAAGGAGCGGCGGAUACGGUUCUCCAGUCUUUCUCGGCCUUCGUUUCUCCCGGAAAGGGUCCCAACAUCUCCCCCCACCCCACCGCCGCCGCCUCCUCUCCCUGUGGGCGCCGCGAGAGUUGUGGACCAAGUUGUGCGAAUGAGUGACUGAUGCCAACUUCGCUUCUUCAGGGCAGAAUGGGUGUGCGUCCCCUGCUCCUGCUUCUAGCCGUGGCCCUCGGGGCCGUGGCCCUCGGGGCCGCAGCCGAGACCGAGCCGCCCCCCACAGACUUUCCAAGUACCACUACCACACCAACUACCACCUCUCAGCAAUCCUCCACCAGCAGCACGACACCAACAAAAGAAACCACCACUUCAACAACAACAACAGCAGCAGCAGCAGCAGCAACAACAGCUGACUCAGCUCCAAAUACUACCCAACAACCCGCUGGUUCCAGUACAACGGAUUCUUCUUCUACCUUAAAUGAAUUGACCACCACCCCUACUCCCAUCCAGACGAUUACUACCCAGCUGACAACGUCGCUGUCUCCUUCACCCAGCACAGUGCUGACCACAUCUACCAGCCCUCCCACAGAACCUGAAGAGCCUGAUGACUCUGAAGAUAUGCCAAUAAUCGCUGUGAUGGUGGCGCUGUCGUCCCUCCUGGUCAUCGUCUUCAUCAUCAUCAUCCUCUACAUGCACAGAUUUAAGAAGUACAAGCAAGCAGCAAGCCAUUCCAACACCUUCAGACUGAGCAAUGGCAGAUCGGACGAUACAGAACUCCAGAGUGUGCCUCUAUUGGCUCGGUCGCCCAGCACAAACAGGAAGUACCCACCCAUUCCCGUGGACAAACUCGAGGAAGAAAUGAACCGUCGCAUGGCCGAUGACAACAAGCUCUUCAGGGAGGAGUUUAAUGCACUGCCGAUCUGUCCCAUUCAGGUAUCAUGUGAUGCAGCUUCCAAAGAGGAGAAUAAAGAGAAGAACAGAUACAUCAACAUCAUGCCAUACGAUCACUCCAGGGUGCAUCUCUCUUCUCUGGAAGGAGUCCCCGAUUCUGACUUCAUCAAUGCUUCCUUUAUAAAUGGGUACGAGGAGAAGAAUCGGUUUAUUGCAGCUCAAGGGCCCAAGGAGGAAACAGUAAAUGACUUCUGGAGGAUGAUUUGGGAGCAGGAAACAGUCACCAUUGUCAUGGUGACCAAUCUGAAGGAGAGGAAAGAGUGUAAGUGUGCGCAGUACUGGCCGGACCAGGGCUGCUGGACAUAUGGCAACAUCCGCGUAUCCGUGGAGGAAGCAGUGGUUCUGGUGGACUACACUAUCCGCAAGUUCUACAUCCAACAGGUGGGAGACGUGUCUGGAAAGAAGCUUUCGAGGCUCGUCACUCAGUUCCACUUCACCAGCUGGCCGGAUUUCGGGGUGCCCUUCACUCCCAUAGGCAUGCUGAAGUUCCUCAAGAAAGUCCGGACCUGCACCCCCCCUUACUCAGGCCCCAUUGUUGUCCACUGCAGUGCGGGUGUAGGAAGGACCGGUACCUUUAUAGUGAUUGACGCCAUGUUGGACAUGAUGAACAAAGAGAGGAAGGUGGACGUGUUCGGCUUCGUCACCAGGAUAAGAGCCCAGCGCUGUCAGAUGGUCCAGACUGACAUGCAGUACGUUUUCAUCUUCCAAGCUUUGUUAGAGCACUACCUGUAUGGAGACACAGAGCUAGAGGUGUCCUUGCUAGAGAGCCACCUAGCUAAACUCGGUGCCAGCUCGCCCGGAGCUGGCUGCAGUGGUCUGGAGACUGAAUUUAAGAAACUAACAUCCAUCAAGAUUCAGAAUGACAGGAUGAGAACGGGCAACCUGCCCGUGAACAUGAAGAAGAACCGAGUGCUGCAGAUCAUUCCAUACGAGUUUAACAGAGUGAUCAUCACAGUCAAACGGGGAGAGGAAAACACGGACUACGUCAACGCCUCCUUCAUUGACGGUUACCGUCAGAAAGACGCAUACUUGGCGAGCCAGGGGCCCCUGCAGCACACCCUGGAAGACUUCUGGAGGAUGAUCUGGGAGUGGAAGAGCUGCUCCAUCGUCAUGCUCACUGAGCUGGAGGAGAGAGGGCAGGAGAAGUGUGCUCAGUACUGGCCCAGUGAUGGAGUGGUAUCCUACGGGGACAUCAUCAUCGAGCUUAAAAGGGAGGAGGAGAACGAGAGCUACACGGUGCGCGACCUCCUGGUCACUAACAGCAGGGAGAGCAAGUCUCGGCUCGUGCGUCAGUUUCAUUUCCACGGCUGGCCCGAGGUGGGCAUCCCUACGGACGGCAAAGGCAUGAUCAACAUAAUCGCUGCGGUGCAGAAACAGCAGCAACAGUCUGGCAACCAUCCCAUCACCGUGCACUGCAGUGCCGGUGCUGGCCGCACAGGGACUUUCUGUGCUCUCAGUACAGUUCUGGAGAGGGUGAAGGCAGAGGGCAUCUUGGAUGUCUUCCAGACAGUGAAGAGCCUCAGACUACAGAGACCGCACAUGGUGCAGACACUGGAGCAGUACGAGUUCUGCUACAAGGUGGUCCAGGAGUAUAUCGAUGCAUUUUCUGACUACGCCAACUUCAAGUAGGGCCUUGCCAUGGAUAGAUGGAUGGAUAGACGGAUGGAUGGAUAUCCACAUACACUUAUUACCAGUAUAAGCGUGUAGCAGAACACACACAACGUCUUGGGGCAACUGCAUAUUCCCGAUCAUGUGGAUGAUAAAAAGAAAGACUGAUUAUGCAAUCAGUGGAUGGGAAUAACUACCCGCUGGAAAAGGGAACAUGUCUACGCCUGGGGGACAGGGCAGGGCAGAUGGACACAAAAUUACUGAGAUG